ACAAAUAUGGAAGCAAAAAACCAAACAAGUACAGCAGAAUUCCUACUUUUGGGUCUCUCAGAGGACCCUGAACUGCAGCCCCUUAUCUUUGGACUGUUCCUGUCCAUGUACCUGGUUACAGUGCUUGGGAACCUGGUCAUCAUCCUGGCCAUAAGCACUGACUCCCACCUCCACACCCCCAUGUACUUCUUCCUCUCCAACCUGUCCUUCACUGACAUCUGUUUCAGCUCCACCACGGUCCCCAAGAUGCUGGUGAAUAUCCUGAAACAGAGCAGAGCCAUCAAUUACAAAGGCUGCCUUACCCAGCUCUGCUUGGUCCUGGUUUUUGCUGGAUUAGAAAACUUUCUGCUUGCAGCAAUGGCCUAUGACCGUUACAUAGCCAUCUGCCAUCCACUUAGGUACACAGUCGUCAUGAACUCCCGUCUAUGUGUUCUGCUGACUCUGUUCUCAUUGCUCACUAGCACUGUAGAUGCCCUGCUGCACUGCCUGAUGGUACUUCGCCUGUCAUUCUGUGCAGACCUGGAAAUCCUCCACUUCUUUUGUGAACUGGACCAGGUCAUCAAGCUGUCCUGUUCUGACACCCUCCUCAACAACAUCUUGGUAUAUGUAGUGACCAGCAUAUUGGGUGGUGUCCCUCUCCUUGGGAUUAUUUUCUCCUACUUUAAAAUUGCCUCUUCUGUUGUAAGAAUGCCCUCAACUGAGGGAAAGUACAAAGCAUUUUCUACCUGUGGGUCUCAUCUUUCUGUUGUUUCCCUGUUCUAUGGGACAGCUUUUGGAGUGUACAUCAGCUCUGCAGUGACUGACUCAUCCAGGAAGACUGCAAUUGCCUCAGUGAUGUAUACAGUGGUCCCUCCAAUGAUGAACCCCUUUAUUUACAGUCUGAGGAGCAGAGACAUGAAGGAAGCCUUGAAGAAACUGAUCAGCACAUCUCACAUUUUGUAA